CCCGCCCCCGAGCGGAGGCGGCAGCAUGGCGGCGGCGGCAGCAGCCAUGGCGGCGGAGGAAGCGGAGGAGGCGCUGGGGCUGUUCACGGGCAUCGGCCUCAGCGAGGCUAAGGCGCGGGAGACGCUACGCAACGGGGCACUCAGCGCGCUGCUGCGCCGGGCUGUGCUGCAGGCUCGGAGCGCACUGGGCCCCGCGCUGGACAAGGCCACCGGAACACUUCUGUACAACGCGGCCGCCCGCCUCAAGGACCCGAAACACCUCGGCUUCCUCGUCGGCUACAUCGCUCGCAGGGAGAUUCUCACCGACCUGCAGCUCAGCGCUGCCCUGGAGUACGUGAGGAGCCACCCCUUGGAGCCCCUGGACGUGGCUGACUUUGAGCGGGCUUGCGGUGUGGGGAUCUGCAUCACCCCCGAGCAGAUCGAGGAAGCGGUGGAGGCUGUGAUCAGCAAGCACCGAGCAGAGCUGCUGGCAGAACGCUACCACUUCAACAUGGGGCUGCUGAUGGGGGAGGCACGGAGCCAGCUGCGGUGGGCAGACGGGAAGACCAUCAAGAAUGAGGUGGACCUGCAGGUGCUGCAUUUGCUUGGGCCGAAGACAGAAGCUGAUCUGGAAAAGAAGCCAAAGGUGGCAAAGGCCCGUCUGGCCCCAGCAGAGAAACAGAAAGUGGCUGUGGUGGAGAAUGGUGACAUGGGCACAGAGACAAAGUCACUGCUGGAGCAGCUGCGAGGAGAAGCCCUGAAGUUCCACAAGCCAGGAGAGAACUACAAGACUGAGGGCUACGUGGUGACACCCAACACUAUGGCCCUGCUGAAGCAGCACCUGGCAAUCACGGGUGGGCAGGUACGGACACGCUUCCCUCCUGAGCCUAACGGGAUCCUGCACAUUGGCCAUGCCAAGGCCAUCAAUUUCAACUUUGGCUAUGCCAAGGCCAAUGGUGGCGUGUGCUUCUUGCGCUAUGACGACACCAACCCCGAGAAGGAGGAGGAGAAGUACUUCACAGCCAUCCGGGAGAUGGUGGAGUGGCUGGGCUACCAGCCUUAUGCAGUGACACAUGCAUCGGAUUACUUUGACCAGCUCUACACUUGGGCCCUGGAGCUCAUCCGCAGGGGUCAGGCAUAUGUCUGCCAUCAGAAGGUUGAGGAGAUCAAGGGCCACAAUCCACCACCCUCGCCGUGGCGGGACCGGCCUGUGGAGGAGUCACUCCUGCUCUUUGAGGACAUGAGAAAAGGCAAGUUUGGGGAGGGGGAAGCCACGCUGAGGAUGAAGCUGGUCAUGGAGGAUGGGAAGAUGGAUCCUGUUGCCUACCGUGUCAAGUUCACUCCACACCACCGCACUGGGGACAAGUGGUGCAUCUACCCCACAUAUGAUUACACACACUGCCUCUGCGACUCCAUUGAGCACAUCACGCACUCCCUCUGCACCAAGGAGUUCCAGGCCAGGCGCUCCUCCUACUUCUGGCUGUGCAACGCUCUGGAUGUUUACUGCCCUGUGCAGUGGGAAUACGGGCGCCUGAACCUGCUCUACACCGUCGUCUCCAAGAGAAAGAUCAUCCGCCUGGUGGAGACGGGUGCUGUGAGGGACUGGGAUGACCCACGUCUCUUCACGCUGACAGCCCUGCGCCGGCGAGGCUUCCCCCCCGAGGCCAUCAACAACUUCUGUGCACGGGUUGGUGUGACAGUGGCCCAGGCGACAAUGGAGCCACAUCUGCUGGAGGCUUGUGCACGGGAGGUGCUGAAUGAGCAGGCCCCCCGUGCCAUGGCUGUCCUGGAGCCCCUCAAGGUCACCAUCACCAACUUCCCUGCUCCAAAGGCAUUGGAGGUCCUUGUGCCCAACUUUCCAGCUGAUGAGAACCGUGGUUUUCACAAAGUACCCUUCCACCAGACUGUCUACAUUGAGGAGACUGACUUCAGGGAGGAGGCAGACAAGGGCUACAAGCGCCUGGCCCCCGGGCAGCCAGUGGGGCUGCGCCACACUGGCUACAUCAUCACCGUCCAGAAUGUCAUCAAGGACGUUAAUGGACGUGUCAUUGAGCUGGAGGUGACCUGCACCAAGUCAGAUGUGGCAGAAAAGCCCAAGGCUUUCAUCCACUGGGUGUCGGUGCCACUGGCCUGUGAAGUGCGGCUCUACGAGCGGCUGUUUUUGCACAAAAAUCCUGAGGACCCAUCGGAGGUACCUGGUGGCUUUCUGAGUGACCUCAACCCUGACUCCCUGCAGGGGCACACACUGUGCUCCAGACCACAGAGCAGAAAACAGCAAAUCCCCAAAUGAGGAAACAAGUGGGAUUUCUACUGCCUAACAAAGCACUGUCCGUGGAAAGUUUUCUAUAUUGGUUGAAACCUGUGGCUGAAAUAAAAAACCAAAACAAGCGGAAAAACCAGCCUUUGGGAGGAAUGCUUUCUGCCUUGCUGGUGACGCCUGCAGCGCUGGCCGUGCAGAGACAGACGGUCUGCUGGAGACACACCGGUCUGCCGGGGACACAUCGGUCUGCUGGGGACACACUGCCUCCCCGUGUUCACAGGGCACACAUUGCCUCCCCGUGUUCACAGGGCACACCAGCAACCCACGCUGCGGGCUCCUCAGACACACACACUGCAAUUCAGCUGCGCACUGACAUUUGUGCACAGUGCUUACUUCUCUUCCCCGAGGUUCAGAAGAAACACACAGCCAAAUUUCCUAUUUUUAUUCCUCUCCACUGUCUUGUCUUAGAAAUUACUGCCCAAUCCACUGAAUGUCAGGUGGUCCCUGCAAUGGCAGUAUCUUCUGAACAGACUGCGUUUGGAAAACAAAACACAUAAAAGCUCUGAAGGUUGAAAAGGCUUUAUCUGAUUUGUUUUCCAUUAGUAGGGUUAUUUGAUUACUAGAGUUUCCCAACUGAAAACUGCACAGAUGGUCUGAUUUACAAGCUUUAGAAAUUAUGCCUUGUAGCCAGAGGGGGGGAAAAAUAGGGCAGGGAUUUUUUUUCAUAGCUCCAUAAAAUAGGCUUGGGUUCCAUGCAGAUGUGACUUACCCCACAACUAAAAACCAAACCUAACGUUCCCCUACGGUGCCCUGCCCAUGCUCUGAAGCCCAGAGAACACAUUAAAUCAUUCAUGAGUGUCUGCUGCUGUGGGCCCACUGCAGCCUGCUCUGCUGAAAGCAAAGAUGACAGAUCAGGCACUUUCCUGUUUCCUGAAAUUGGCUCUUGUAUGCUGCAGCACUUUGUGUUAAAUCCCCAGAAACUCAAGGGUCUUUGCAAAGGGCUUCUGUAUUCACCAAACACAACCUAGUUAAAUACACACUCCCACUAAUUUAAG